AUGGGGUCCCGGGCAAUAGGGGAUCAUGGGGCCCCUGUGUCCUUGCCCAAACUCAAAAAAGCCUAUGAAAAAGGUACCAGGGGCAUCUCAUGGGGCCCCCUACUGACCUCGGGCAUCAAAUUUGCUAGCAAGUUCAAAGGCACGUUGCAAGUGACUACAAACCAGGGGCGGACUGACAACUCAUGGGGUCCCCAGGAAAUAGGGGAUAAUGGGGCCCCUGUGUCCUUGCCCAAACUCAAAAAAGCCUAUGAAAAAGGUACCACCAGGGGCAUCUCAUGGGGCCCCCUGCUGACCCCGGGCCCUCGGGCAGUGCACGAGUUUCCAAAUGGUCAGUCCGCCCCU